CAUAACAUUUCACAGGAAGAAAUAUUUAGGUCAGGUCCCGUUAAAGGACUAGAGGAUGUUGUUUUUGAAGUAGCCACAUUGGCUCACGAUCAUUUACUUACCGCUAAAUCAUUCUUGCCAAAUAUUCCCGAUCGAGCUUUACCUGCCUUAUUAUCAGCUGUGCCUUGUGAUUUAUAUCUAAAAAGAUUGGAAAAAUAUAAUUUUAAUGUAUUUGAACCAAAAGUAAAUAGAAAAGAUUGGAGAUUGCCUGUUCAGUUAUGGCUUAGACAUAGAAAAGGACAAUUCUAA